CAUGUUUACCUUGACAGCGAUUGAAUAGCAAAACAUGCAUAUAAACUAAAACGGGACAACGUUUCUCAAACUAAACCAAACUUCUCUCACGUUAAACAUUUAUUCUUGAAUCGUGAACCCAUCCGUUUCUUCCACGUAAACCAGGAGGUCGUACGGGUUCAAACCGGUGUACUCCAGUGCUGUGUUCACGGUCAGCGUGUUGUUGUUACCGGAGGUCAGCGUGUUUCCAGCUGAAACCAACCCACCGUCCAGAUGCUUUCCCAGGGCAGGACCGUCACCUCGCUGCUGCUCAGGCCAGCCUCCAGGCUCCCUCUCUGGCUGGGAAGAGCCGCCAGCUCUCAACCGAAAAAGUUGAUGGAGAAAGAUGAGCUGCGCCCGCUCUACAUGGACUUCCAGGCCACCACACCCAUGGACCCCCGGGUGCUGGACGCCAUGUUGCCCUUCCAGGUCAAUUACUACGGUAACCCUCACUCCAAAACACAUGCCUUUGGAUGGGAAAGCGAGAAUGCCAUGGAGACAGCCAGGAAGCAGGUGGCUGAUCUGAUUGGAGCAGAUCCCAGAGAGAUCAUCUUCACCAGCGGAGCCACCGAGUCCAACAACAUGGCCAUCAAGGGAGUGGCACGGUUCUACAAGGCCAAGAAGAGUCAUGUGAUCACUACGCAGACGGAGCAUAAAUGUGUUCUGGACUCUUGUCGUGUCCUGGAGUCUGAAGGAUUCAGCAUCACCUACCUGCCAGUCCAGUCGAACGGACUGGUGGACCUGGAGCUGUUGGAGGCCUCCAUCCGUCCUGACACUUCUCUGCUCUCGGUGAUGACCAUCAACAACGAGAUCGGAGUCUAUCAGCCCAUGAAGGAGAUUGGUCGGAUUUGUCGCUCUAAGGGAGUCUUCCUCCACACUGACGCCGCUCAGGCUGUUGGGAAGAUUCCCCUCGACGUCACAGACAACAAGAUUGAUCUGAUGUCCAUCAGCGGCCACAAGCUCUACGGCCCCAAAGGUGUUGGUGCUUUGUACGUGCGUCGGCGUCCCCGAGUGCGUAUGGAGCCGCUGCAGAACGGGGGCGGGCAGGAGAGGGGGCUGCGCUCCGGCACCGUCCCCACCCCUCUGGCUGUUGGGCUGGGAGCCGCCUGCAGCAUCGCACAGCAGGAGAUGGAGUAUGACCACCACAGAGUAUCCAUGCUGGCUAAUCGUCUGAUCCAUAAAAUCAUGUCCGAGCUUCCGGAUGUGAUCAUGAAUGGAGAUGCAGAACAACGCUACCCCGGCUGUGUUAACCUGUCCUUUGCCUAUGUGGAGGGAGAGAGUCUUCUGAUGGCGCUGAAGGAUAUCGCUCUGUCUUCUGGGAGCGCCUGUACGUCAGCGUCUCUGGAGCCGUCGUACGUCCUCAGAGCGAUCGGAACUGAUGAAGAACUCGCCCACUCCUCCAUCAGGUUUGGUAUUGGCAGGUUCACCACAGAAGAAGAGGUGGACUACACAGCGAAGAAAUGUAUUCACCAGGUCAACAGGCUCAGAGAGAUGAGUCCUCUGUGGGAGAUGGUUCAAGAAGGCAUCGAUCUAAAGAGCAUCAAGUGGACACAGCACUAGACUCCUCCCACUUCCUCUUUAUUUCCUGGCAGACGUCGAUGGCAAUUGAUUUCCAGGGAAAUCUGGGAAUGCACUAGCUUUCCUUCCCGUACACAAACACGCACAAACUUCCUGUCCGACUUGAAGUCUGUUUGUACCUGUAGCUCUGUGGCUGCGUAGAAAUACCUCUCGUUGCUGUCAGAAGAUGUUAUUUUUGGAGAGUUUUUGUGGCAGCCUCUGCUUGUUGUGUCGUUCUGUAACACCUGAGUCCUGUAUCACAAAGUCUGUUAUCUUGUCUGGCUCUCUUUGGGAUACCUAGCUUCACUUUCAGUUAUCUCUGGGUUUCAUAACCCAGCUGUGAGCAUGUUGAAAUUAAGAAAACCACCUACUUACAGCCUGUUAAAUUAAAUUAAAUCAAAACCAUGAAGUCAUUGAUAUAACAUCAACAUUAGACAAUAGAAAACAAAAACGGACACAUACAUAAGCCAUGUGAGUUGAGACAAAUAAGUAGUAAGAACAACAAUUUAAAUGCAACCAACUAAUAAUUGUUAUUAAGCCUUGCCAAAAAAUAACAUGAAACCAGUGAGAAAAUAAUUAAGUCCAACAGUUGACUGUAAAAAAAAAAAAAGAGAAGGAAACACCAAUAAAGGAAAUGAGAAUACAAUUUAAAUGAUGACUGCCAACCAGAAUAUGGAGGCAGCAGCAUGUGGUUUUAAGUGAGGUAGACUAUAUAAUGGCUAGAAUAAAUUAAGAAGCUGUUGAUGGAUUAAUAUUAAAAUUAUGAAAGGAAGGCUGUGUUAAUCAUUGUGGGACUCUGCUUGUUCCCCAUUUUCCCUGUAAUGUGAUUGGUCGGUUUUGAUCUACUUGAAGUGAACUUGCUCUAAGGUCUGUUAGCAUUGAAGGCCAUGUUAGGAAAAGGGAUCUAACAUGAUUGAUUGUGAGCCAGUUUUGUUACACCAGAAACGUCUCGUAGACAGCAGCCUCGCUUUGUGAUACAGGCUCUUGAAAAGGUGUUAAGCAGAAAUACAGUAGGAACGAUGAUGGGCUGUGUACUUCAGUGAGGCUGGGGUCUGUAACUGAACCGUCAGGACAGAAAUGUACUGAGCUGUCUAAAUAUUUAAUGCUUCACUUGUUAUUUUUUAGUCAAGAAUAUAUUUGAUGAUUCACAUAUUGUCUCCUGCUCUGUUCUCAUGUAAUAGACUCUCCUCUUUGUCUCAGAACUCACAUUACAGUUAUUUUAUAAUUAGAUCUUUCCAGUAUUAAAUAAAAGGUGUUGUUAUGUAAGUUUAUCAGCAGUCUUCACAGUGUUAAGAGCUGCAAUUUGAUUUUGUGUUAAUGUCUGGAACACUCUACAAGACUGUAGCCUUACAUUUUCUUAAACAACUGAUUUUUGAGAAACAAUGACAGAAACACUGAGAUUAAUUAGUAUGGUUGUGAUGGGAAUCUGUAGGUGAUCCUGAAAAUAUACAACCAAACUGGAUUAAAAAGGAUUUAAAAAGA